AUGGAAGGAUUUAUUGACAUCACGAGUGAAAUAUUCGACUCUGUCAAUCAGAUAGCCAACAACAAGGUAGUCCAAAGUCCUUUGUUUGAUUUGCUCGAGGGUGCCAGGGCCAUAGAAGUGAGUAACAAGAAGUUAGAUACUGGUCUCAUUGAGUUAACUGAAGAAGAACUAAAUUUCAAUUGUUACGGAAAAGUCAAUAUCAAGCAAUGUAUUGGUAUUUUAAAUAAACUUCUUAGAAGUUUGAUGAGUUGGUUAGAUCACCUGUCCAUACCAGUAACACUUUUAAGUUGUAGAUAUGUUCAGGAAGUGGUCGAACAAUAUUUGAAAACUUCCAAAAUGACAGAAUUCGGUGAUGAUGGAUUUUCAAGGAUUUUAUCCAGUGCCGUUAAUGGGGUGGUCAAAUUCAUUGGAAUCAUGAUCACCGUUGGUAAUACUGUAUUGUAUGAAGAAGAGGAUAUCACCACAAGGGCCCUAGACAUGAAUUUUUUGAAUGAGAUCCUCAUUGAUGAAGUGAUUGAAAACUUAGAAAGAAGCAUCAAGAUCACUAAUGACCUUGUUAGUGCUGAUGAUUCUCACAAGCUUAUAUUGACCCAUCAAUUGAAAUUGAUUUUAUCUAUUGUUCAAUCACCAAUUUUGUUCAAUUUACAGAUCGAACUUUUCCAAGGAAAUCCCUACGAAUUCUUCAAUAUCAUCUUAGAAAAUGCUAUCGACACCGUAAAAUAUCUAAAUAAAAUCAAUUUCGAAGAAUUCGAGAAGGAAGUUCCUGUUGGCUGUUUCCUGAAAUACUGUCAGAAGAAGUUAAACAACCAUAAUAUUCCAGGAGAAUUAUACAUGAUUUCACAGGAAAGUACCAUGAAAAAUUUAGAGGAUAUCUUCCAACAACUUAAGAGUAUACUCAUCAAACUGACAAGCUUGAAAAACAUUGCAUGCUUGGAGAAUUGGCUAGACUAUGACGUCCAAUUACAAAUUAACAAAUAUCACGUUAUCACAAGAGGUUUCCUUCAAUUAUAUCUUAUAAGAGAUGAUCAGCUGAUACUUGGAUCUCCAACUUUCAAGUUGAGCCAUCUAAGUCUCGAAUUGAUGAAUAACUGCACACUUGCAAACACCGUUUAUUCUAGUAGAAACUGGAACAUUAACAUAAAUGAUUGUAAAAAACUUGACGAAGACUACAAUAAGAUUUUGAAUGAUUUGGACAUAAUAGCAUACCAACUUAUCAUAAUAAAGUGUAAUAACAGAUGUAGACAAAGACAAUUGAUAAACAAGAAUUUAAUAUUGUUAGAUUCCUUGCAAGUUAAUUGUGAAAAUUUCGAGAUUUCCAACUACAACCAAUUCAAGAUUAACGAUAAACUCAGCGACACUGAAGAGUUGAGUUUGCCUUUGACUUCCUUCGUCUACUUCAAGAAAUUGCAGCUCAUGAUUGAUUUCCUUUUGCUUGGAAUUGAAUUAGAAUUAUACAAUCUUGUAGAGAUUUAUUCUAUUUAUUGGUAUUCUAAUUAUUUGUUAAAACAUUUAUUGAACCAUUUUUCUACCAGAAUUAUUACCUUCAAUAACAACAAGUUGGUCAGAUUGAAUAACAAAAGAAAAAAAUUGAAGAAUGCCAGUCAAAAGAUUCAAAUCGAUAUGAAGCGCCAGCAAUUAAUAGAUGUGAUCAAACAUAAUCAGCAGCAAUUGGCCCAUUAUCAAUUGUUGUACAGAUUGACUGAUAAUGUAACCAAGAUUUUAAGAAAUCAUCACAUCGAAGGAAGAGCCAACUUUAGCGAAGUGCCAAAAGACUUUUUGAUCAAUUUUGAAAAAAUGUUCAGAUUGAGAUUCAAACCGUUCGAAUCAAUCGGGGUCCCUAAAAGUCUAACAUUUGAUGAAUAUUUGAUAUCGUUGAAAGAACCUGUGUCCUUGGACGCUGUAAUUAAAGAUUUGGAAUCAAUCAAACAGGAUUAUAAGUUCGAAGGGGUUGAGAACCAAAAUCAAUUGGAAUGGAUGAGGUCUUUGGUAAAAUCUAGUUUGAUGUAUCUUUUGCAUUUGAAUCUGGACCAGGAACUUCGAUCAUUAACUGAGGGAUACAAUCCUUAUUUUCCAAAUUUCAAGUAA